AUGACAGUCUUCUCAAGUAUUUGCAGCCACUGCCUUUCGGUUCUCCCUAGAUUCCUCCGCCCAAACGGAAACCCGGACGCACGAGAAUGGUUGAUCCCUUUAAUGGCUGUCUUUACUGUCAUGUCUACUAUGCAUAUUGAUGAACGUCCUACGUUCACACGACAGGCGCCAGCGCCAGUGCUACCACAACCCCAGGCAACGACAACAGCAACCACAACCUCAGCUACAACGACAAUCUCCCUUGAUUCCUUCAAAGUACCCCUUUCCAGUCGCCUGGACAGUAUCCGUCCAAGAACUACCACUUCAGCUACCAUUCCCAGCCAGCUGAAAAAUGGAACUCCCACUCCUCCCCCGGCCAUUGUACUCGCGACCACAAAUGGAACAGCUGUCCCCGUGACCACCGGUUUGGUUGCUACCGCCGCUGCUGGUGGGAGUGCUACGGCCCCGACGGCGGUUGCAGUAAUUCAGCAGAAGCAGGUGACGACAACGACGGGAUCGAGGACGGCCCAGCAGGCGCCACAGUCGAUUGGGCUAGAGUUGAUUCUCCCUAAUGGGCUAAGAAUACCGGUCUCUGCUACUUGUGCCAAGCCCGACGCACCAAUUCAACCGACUACAACAGGGAUAACAGUAGCAUCCACUGGAGGCGUGCAGGUAACAGCAGCGGUGAAUAAGUUGUCAUCGACAGCAUCACCAACAGCGGUGGCACGAACAACAGCAUCAACAACAACGAGCACUUCGCAACAGAUCUGCUCCUGCAGCCGAUCAAAGUGCCUAAAGCUCUAUUGCGAGUGUUUUGCUGCCGGGAGGGCCUGCGGGGAUAGCUGCAACUGUCGGCACUGCUAUAACAACCUUGCCGACGACAUCUCGAAGCAGACUCGCGAUGUCGCUAUGCGGACUGCGCUCUCGCGUAACCCUCUCGCCUUUAAACCCAAAAUUGGUUCAUUGAUGAUUUCAACCAUCCCCACUUCCUCCAUUCCGAGCCUGUUCGACACCUCUAAAUCCGUUUCACUGUCCACUGACCGUUGUCGUUUUCUUCACACAGAAAUCUCGGGAAAACACGUGCUGGGCUGUCGAUGCAAACGGUCGCACUGUUUGAAGGGCUACUGCGAGUGCUACCUUGCAAAAAUUCCUUGUAAUCAACGUUGUCGCUGUCUUGGCUGCUCCAACGAGGAGACAGCGACAACGAACACCAACACGACGGCAACUACUACUACCACCACUAGUACCACCUCCGUCAAUGAUGUUGCAAAUGCGACAAGCACAACCGCAGCUGGCGCGGAGUCCUUCAAAGAGGUGUCCUGGCUCGCCUCCCUGGCGACCCGGCAACAGGUUGCUGCUGCUGCAGCGGCCGCCGCUGCUGGCUCUACAACGACCCCGAUUGGUGUGGUUGCCACUGCUGCCACCACUACCACUACUUCCGUCACUGCUACUACCACAACUCCCUCCAUCGCUGCCACCGUCACCGCUGUCACUGCGAAUCCACGCACCAUCACGUUGAAUGUGCCUAUCAAAGCGCUGACUGCGGCGAGUGAGACUGGCAGAGUGAUUGCACACCCGGCGGGUUCCUCCACAGAUCUCCCACCCCUUCUUCUCCAUCAGUCUUAUCUUGCUGCUGCUGCCGCCGCAGCAGCCGUGGCAGCAGCAGGAGGCGGGAAUACGACUCAACAGGAUCUGAUCAAGUGCCUCAACACUGUCCUGCCUGCUGUCCGGUCUCAGCCGCAGCUGCAAUCUCAGACUCCUCACUUUAUCAUUCCUGGUGUUGUACAGGCGACGGUAUCGGCUGGCAGGCCGACCGAUGCUUCUACAGCAGAAACGACGACGUCGGCGACGGUAGCGGCACCCGUCUCAAAAAUAUCUCCACCGUUUUCCAUCGUGACGAAAACGGAGAGGGUGGAAGAGGACGAGGUUAACAGUGGUAUUACGGCUUCAGCAUCCGAAGCAUCUCCAGGAAGGCUAAACGAUGAUAGCAGUGAUGAUGAUGAUGAUGGCAGGAGUAACAUCGACAUUGGUAACGGGGAGGAUGUGGCCGAGGAGGACAACUACAGUGGCUACACUGAGGAGGAGUUGGCCUUCAUGCACCGUCUUCAACAGAAUCGCAAUACCACUGCGGCUCCUGCCACUGGCAUUUCUCAGAAAGAGGACUUCACAGCCGAUGACGACGCCACAGUCGCUGCAGCAGGCGUUGCAACGCGCGAAUCACCCCAAUCACUCGCCUCCAGUAGGGAUGAAACAGAGGAGCCACCGCCGCCUCUCCCUGAAAGUCUUUUCUCUUCUUCCUCCCCGUCCUCCUCUUACUGCUCUGACGCUGCCGACCCUUCCGUCACCGCCAUCCUCUCUGGUGUGCCGUUGGUAACACAGCAGUCACAGCUGCAGGCACCACAGCCUGGAACCACCACUGCGUUGGGGCGGACAGUCCAGAUUGUGUCAGAGGAUAGGCUUCCUGUGCUUUCUCACUCCGCACCGCCGUCGUUGGGUCCUGAUUCUGAGGAGAGGCUGCUUAGCGUCCGUUGCAGUGUGCUGGAGGCGCGUUUCUUGCGUCGCAAGAUCGAUGAGCUGGAGACUCAGGUAAGUCGACUGACCCAGCUCAUCCGGACUCAGGGCGAGAUGCUGAGCAACCUCACCGAGAUGAUGCAGCGGCAGCAGCAGCAACAACAACAGGCGCAGACGCAGCAUCAGCAGUGA